AUGUCCACGCAAUAUUUUCCUUACUUUGCGACAUUACCUAACGGACCGUUGCCUUCUAAUAGUGCACGACAGUGGGAUUAUCAAGCGUACCCAAACCAGAGGAUGUCCACAGGGGUCCUGUGCAGGCCCCCAUUUGUGGAACGCAACCUUCAACUCAGUCCUAAAAUUCACACUGCCAACGCAUUCCUCCAUAUUCGCAUAUGCAGACGAUGUUGCUCUCUACUUGUCCGAGGACGUACUAGAGCAGAAUUGGAGGCCAACUCAAACGAAGUUUGCAAUCUAUUCUACCAGCAAUGCAACAGACAAAAACUCCAAGUAGCAGAGCACAAAUGUCAAAUUCUACUAAUCGCAAAGAAGGGAGGAUCACUGACUAGAAGACCGACAAUCCGCAUCAACAAUCGUCGAAUUAAAAUUGUCCGUGUCCUGAGAUACCUCGGUCUAUACAUAGAUGAAAAACUGACAUGGAUGCCGCACAUACUUAAUUUAAGGAAGCGUACAGCAAUCAUAGCACAGCAUUUCAGAAUGCAACGCGGAUUUCAUUGGGGGAUUAAUUCUCACAUACAAAAAGCGUUAUAUCUUACUGUCGUCGAGAAGAUGGUGUCCUAUGGAGCGGCCAUUUGGGCCUUCCCUAUGCAGGGAAGGAAAAUCCGGCACCUGUCUGCACUACAGAGGCCCUUCCUACUCUCAAUUACAAGAGCCUUCAGGACAACAUCUACUGAUGCACUAAACAUCUUGGCAGGAGUGCUACCACUUCAUCUACGCAUAGAAGAAGAAGCGGUGACACAACAGGUUCAUCAGUUAAGACUUUCACUUACUUAUGAUUACGUUACCUUCUCUCAAGAACAGUUUGAGAAUAAGACCUCACAACUUCAUAUACACCCAGCAAUCAAGGGUAUUGGAAUUCACCUCACGAAGAACCCAGCAUAUGUGGCACCAUCCGGCUACAUCUCCAUCUACACAGAUGGUUCUCGUAUUGACGAAAAGGUAGGCAGCGCCUUUGUCGUGCUCAGUGAACAACAACAACCCCUUCACCAAUGGCAGAUGCAGCUCAGCACUGAAAACAGCGUUUUCCAGAGUGAAGCACUCGCCAUUCACGAGGCCAUACGCUUACGAAUAAUAAAAUCUCCAAAGCCUUAA